AUGCUAAUUACAUUGAAGUAUAAUAGAGACAAGUAUUUGGCGCUUAUAGAAUCUAAAGAGAAGGCUUCUACGGCGACUAAAAUAGAAGACACCAAUGGUAUCACCACUACCCCAAUUACAAGGACGAGAUCAGCUUCUUCUGUAAAUAUAUCGACAACCACACCUAAACCCACAAAGAUAGUGACAUUUCGAUACAACAGCAGUAUAUACAAGUCGCCCUUAACUUCACGAUUAUCGCAGAGAAGGACGAGGAAUAGAACUCCCACACCGCAAAAUAGUCUUGGUACAACAACUGGUGAAAUUAAUUUUAGCAGCAGCAUACCAAACACUUCUGCUGGAACAUCCCUAAAUUCAAGUCCGAUUAAGCAACUACAGCUACCAGAGACACCAAGUUAUAUCGAGGAAGAAGGAGAGGAAGAAGUAAAACAAGAAGUGAUUGAAAGAGAAGAAGACGAAGAAGAAAAUUUAUUCAGUCCCUUUGGGAUUCCUUUACCCUCCAAGACAAAGGAUUCUGAAGAUGCACUUAAUUUCAUGUAUAAAUACAACGAAUUAUAUCAUAUACACAAUAAUAAAGACGUUGAAGCUAACGAUAAGAUUUCGGCAAUUGAACAUAAUCAAGCAGUAGAGAAUGUAUGGUUUGAUAGUCUAAAUAUAGUAGCUGAUCGGUUACACUUUUUACGAGAAGCAUAUAAAGCCAUUCAAUUAGUGAAGAAAAAGAAAUUAACUGGGAAAUUCGAUGUUCUAUUACCUGUUAGUUCCCCCAUUGCUUCCACUAGGGUUAUUGGGUCAGACAUGCCAAGUAGUCCAAAGUCAUCAAAUAUGGAUCUGAAUGAUUUAUAUAGUAUGAGAAUCGAAUCAGGGAAACGAUUACUUGAGGGAUAUGAUGAGGAAGAGGAGGAUGGUGCAAUGGAAGAGGAUGAAGAGAGUGAGAGUAGUCAUACUGACACCUCUAUGGCGAUGAUGGCAAGACGACAAACCCGUAGUAAGACCUCAAUAUAG